AUGAUGAAAAAGAUAUUUAUAUUUUUUCUUUUCUUCAUUUUUUUAUUAAAUAUUCGAUUGUCAUUAUCUCGAAAAGUAUGUAGUGUUGUACAGUUUGGGAAGCAUACAUUAUUAACGAAUAAGGAUAGUAAUAAAAUAUACAAACAUAAAGUGGUUGGUGUGAUAGACCCUUUUGAUAAAAAUAAUGUUUUGUGGAUGAGAAAAAAGAGAAAUACAAAAUUUAAUUUAAACAUAUUUAAAAAAUUAUAUGAUAAAUUUUAUUGUAAUAUUAAUGAUUAUGUUGAUUUCCCAAACGAAGAUCAAUUUAUAUUUCGUAUUUUUCAUAUAAACUUAAAGAAUACUAUAAAAUAUAUGUUAAAAUAUAAAAUCGUAAGUGGAACUAUAAAGGGUGGCCCAAACAAUGAUAAUAAUAUUUUAUGUUUAAAAGAAAGGGGUAAGCUAUAUAGAUUUUUGAAUAAUAUUAAUAUUUAA